AUGCCUUUACAAACUUCUUCUGUAAAUGAAAAUACACGAACAAAUCCAUCACUUGACUCAUCGUCAUUAUCUAAUGAACAAACAACUUAUACUAAUAAUUUGAAUUUACGAGAACAAUGGCAAAUUGAACUUUCAAUAAAUAAAAAUAAAUUCCCUCUUGAUCCUAUAUUUAAAAGCUUUUUCAAAAAAUUUGAUACAAAUUAUGAAGAAUGGAAAAAUUUUAGGAAUGAAAUAAAACAAAUAAUUCCAUUAAAUAACGCGUUUAAUGAAGACUUUAUUGAUAAAAAUCCAAUUGAUAUUGAUAACGAACCAAUAUUUAUAUCCUUCUUUAAAAAUUUUUUUUUAAAUAAUGAUUUUCUUUUUCCAACAUCACGUCGAAAUAUUAAGAGAAGGUUGAAUUAUAUUCAAUCUGAAAUUAAAAGUGAUUAUGAUAAGGAUUCAGAAACAUCAACAUCAUUAUUAACACCAUCUUCACCUUCACUUUCAACGACUUUAUCAACAAGUAAUUCAAAAGCCACAUUAGUAACACCAACAGUCACACCACCAGCUACAUCAAAAGCUACGUCAACAGGUGACAUUAAAGAGUUUUUGAUAGAAUUCAAAAACUUUAUUAGAAUUCCAUAUGCUCAGCUUCUUCUAAUCUGUGAAGAAUUGAAAAUAUCAAAAUUUGAUGAAGAAAUUCUUAUUAUGAUGUGUGAGGAACUUAUAAAAUAUAAUGAUAUUACCUAUAAAACUUAUUUAUGUAUGCUGAAAUCAAGUCCUUCACGUUACUUAUUGUCUACAAUUUUGAAAAUUGCUCAUAUCAAGAGUAAACCAUUGGUAUAUGGAUUACUUUUACCGUUAAUCAAACAACCUCCUGAAAUAGAUCUUGUGCCUAAUCAUUUAGAGCAACAACAAUACGAAGGCGAAGAUGAAGGUGUUUCUAAACGUUUUGAGGAUUGGGAUGAUGCCAUGAUUGACAUUUACAUUUCUAUUUUUAGUCAAAAAUUCCAAUUAUUGAAUGAACCAGAAGAGAUAUUGUCAAGAUUUUUAAAAUACUUGGAUUUUAAUAUUGAACAAAAACCAGAAAAUCAAAAAUUAGGACAACUAAUGAUGAUUAUUGUUACUAAACAUUCUAACGAUAUCAUGGAAAUGUUACAAGAAUUGAAAGAUAUAAUUGAAAAAACAAAAUCAUAUUUUAAAAGAAUUGUUUUGGUGCAUUUGAAUAAAUUAAUGAACAACCAAGUAUAA